AUGUAUCUUAUUGUAUUUGGACCGUUGUGGUUCAGUAUAAAAGUUCUCGAAACUUGCUCGAUCAACCCCAAUGAGCUGGCACACGACCAGGCGCGAGGUCUCGUCAACCGCGCCGGUCCGAGGGGCCCGGCUUCGCAGGGGAUCAACCGGACCACGGACCCGCUGCUUACUUUCCGCGACAUCACUGCUUACUACCAGCUGGGACGCAGGCAGUUCCCGGCUCCUCACCCGAAGCUCGGCAGACCCCAGGCCUCGGUGUUGAGAAUGCUUCAGACGGGCUCAUUUCCGUCUCGAUCCAGGCUGAGCCACUACGCUCCGGGUGUGGAUCCCCGCUGCCCCGACUGCGGCGAGGAACGGCAAGAAGACUGGGAAGAAGCCGUCAAGAGCGACGACCUUCAAGUCCAGCUUCGGACUGUCCACAGGGCCUGCGACAGUGCUGAAGAUCACGGUCUUCCGCCCCCGGUGCGGGAGCGCCCCGCGACUACGACAAAGUAG